AUGCCCAUCGAACGAAUUUCCAUCAUUACCAGCGAGAGAUGGACUUCACUCCCACCGGAAUUCCGGCGACUAGGGACCUCAGAGCAUUCCGAAAACCAAAAACGAGGCCGUGCGCUCGACUCUUUUCUCGAGGGACCUGUCUGGGUGCCUCAUCUAUCCCGCUUGUUUGUGACGGAUAUCCCCUACGGCCGAAUAUUUUCAAUAAACCCUGAAACGGCAGCGUGGACUUUAGUUCUCGAAUACGAUGGGGAGCCGAACGGGAUGGCGUGGAAUUGGCACACGAAACAAGUUGUCAUUGCAGAUUUCAAGCAAGGCAUCUUGUCCCUAGAUCCCCAGACUGGCUCCUUGACUACACUCGUUUCACGCUUCCACGGCGAGCGUUUGAAAGGCCCCAACGACCUAACCGUCAGCAGAGACGGGUCAAUAUUCUUUACCGAUCAAGGAAUGACUGGACUCCACGAUCCGACUGGUCGUGUGUAUCGGAUACACCCAGAUGGGAGGAUGGGCCAAAUUCUUGCAAAUGGACCUUCGCCAAAUGGGUUGAUUCUUAGCCAGGAUGCGUCGACUCUGUUUGUUGCCAUGACCAGAGAUAACUCCAUCUGGCACAUGCCAUUCUAUAAAGAUGGCAGCGUUCAACGAGUUGGUCGAUUCUCUAGCUAUUAUGGCAUCGGUGGUCCUGAUGGGAUGGCGCUGGAUGAAGAAGGAAAUGUUUUUGUUGCUCAUUCUACGCUUGGGACUGUGUUUGUUCACAGAGCCAAUGGAGAGUUGUUGACCCAGAUCAAAUCGCCAGCUGGGGCUUCGACUACGAAUUUGACCUGGGGAGGAGAGAGCUUAUCUGUGCUGUACAUAGUCGAAAGUGAGACGGCCUCGAUUUUGAGGGUCCAGUGGCACUGUCGUGGGUGUCUCUGA